AUGCGGACCAAUGACAGCACCUCACGGAGCCGCACCGAGAAGCCAAUCAGAGCUUGGAAUAUGGUCGGGGAAGGCCCCGGCCCAUUGCGGAUGAUGUAUGGUCCAUUCCAUCACGAUCUUGCACGACGACCCCGUUCGUGGCUUUGCGCCGAGAAGACCUCUUCUGACCAGGCCAAGCACUAUAUUGCCUUGCCAGCCAGAGUAAAGCAAAGGAAAGAAAAACAAUCUCUAUUCUGCUCACCUGGUCAACAUGGAAAUCCCGUAUACGGUCUCCCGAACCCGCAGUCUCGAACCCCCCCUCCGUUCUACAAGAGACUCGCCAUCAGUUUUGGAAGAGAAUCUUCGUGGGGAUAUUCGGAAGCUGCAAGGUGUCCGACCGUAGCCACCAAAACGAAACCCUCCUCCACUUCAUCGUUAGCGUCUUCUUGUCUCCAAGAAUUUCGGCGUCGUCUGGCGAUCAAGGCCAUACGAUCAGCUGCGCUCGCCUCCAUGGAUAAGAAGUACAGGCCGCUGCGACCAGCCUCUCUACCGACGCGCACGGAAGCCGAAUCCUCAAAGGCGCCGGACCCAGCCAAGGGCAGGCAUCGAUCACCCAAGGGCCCUGCGUGCAACCUCUGCAGAGCCAGGAAGAUAGCUUGCGAUGGCGUGUCACCCGCUUGCGCCAAUUGUGUCAGGCGGAAGGUGAGCUGCGUGUACAGGCAAAGCCGACCUCCAGGUCUGGAAGGACAGCUUGACAUCCUCGAGGCCAGACUUGAUGACCAUAACUCAUUUCUGCGCUACAUCGCAUCCAUGCCCGACAACCAAGCUCUGGAGCUUUUGCGAAGCCUGCGAACGAACAGUGAUAUCACCAAUGCACUUGAAUCUGCUCGCGGCAAGAUGGCUGGGCAUCGUCAGAUAUCAGAGCAUCUCAUUCGCCGUAGCGUUAUGGCACCGACCCCGAGCGGACUGGAGCACGAACUCACCGUUCUGCAUCACACUGCCUAUCCCAGUUUGGAACCUCUCAAGCCUGACACACUGUCAGCCAUUCUCAACCUCUCCGCGUACAAUCAGAGCUCCCAAAGCUCUCACGACACGUCUCAUAACACACGGCAAGGAACAAACGAUCAUAUAGAUAUCUUCCCUUAUCAAGCAAUUGGUGGUUCCGAAAGCUCUGUUGCGUCGCUUCAAGCCGAAACGGUGGGACGCGUGUCAUCAGCACCACUCACUGGUCCGAUACUACCACCUACCUACUGCGAUGAGAGGCUGCAUAAGCUACAGGUAGCCUACUGGACGAAAGUGCCUAUAAGUAAUGAUCUCGCAGCAUCAAUAUUGUCGGAAUUCUUCAAAACUGAGCAUGCCCUCAUCGGAAUGUUUGAUGCAGAUCUCUUCUUAGAAGACCUGGUAAAGCAUGUCCCAAGGUUCUGCUCGUCGUUCCUUGUCAGCGCUCUGCUCUUUACUGCCUGUCAACCGUACACGGCUAUCGAUCGACGUGCUUCGACCUUGCGAACUUCCUUCUUCCACGAGGCCAAGGCGUUGUGGCUUGGAGAGCGCGGAACAGACUCGGUGACAACUGCUGCAGCUCUUCAAGUCUUCAGUAUAGGCUGUCAUUUCAUAGGAGAGGAUAUUUUGGCGAAAGAAACUCUGCAAGCGGGUCGACACAUGGCAGAGAGAAUGGGACUAAUCGGAGUGCCGCCAACAAGCGCUAUUGCUGAGUCACUAGCCCAUAUGUCUCCAGAGUGGGUUAAAGCCGCUUCACAUGUCGCUUGGGGUAUUUACAACUGGCUAACGAUCCGUGUAUUCUAUUAUUUCGACGAGGCCGUCCACCAUCCACCAAGCCUACCCAUUCCUGGCGCGGUGACCGCGGCCUUGGAUGGCAACACGCGCGUUUGGUUUCACUGUGCCGUACUGGAUUUCUUUCGACCUUUCGUUCAGGAGCUAGGCCACGAUCGACUGUCAACCUUCUACCACGAUGAUAGUUCGCCACAGACCGUCUUUGAUGCCUCUGUCAAUCAGCUCAAACAAUUAUUGCUGGUUUACCAUGUUAAAUACCCCGAAGCGCGGCGUACCUGUUUCUUCAAUACUGCCCUGGUCUAUGUUAGCAACGCCAUCCUGAAAAAUCCAGGAGAUCCGAACUGGCGUCUAUAUUUCGAGAUUUGCAUACGUUGUUGGCAAGACUUGUAUGUCUGUUACCCGAUAUACGACGGCAUUAUGCAGGCCUUUCUGACGAUGGCCUUGAAGGACGAGCUUAUCUCCAUCGGCGAGGCCAGGCCAUACAUGGACCAGCUGCGAGUGCGUGGACUACAUCAUGGCACUACCAGACAGGUUAUCUCCUCAUUCAUGGCAGACCUCGAUCUCGCAUUGACAAAGCCAGACGAGGCUCAUAUCCACCAUCUUGCGUCGCAGUUUGACGAAAUCAUGUCCUUUGACGAGUUCAUAGCGUAUCAGAAUGGCACCUAG